GGCUCCCUUAUCACUAUAUCUUCUCUACUCUACCUUUCUGAAGAAACAGCCUGGCGUUACGUCAGACCCGGGCAAAAACCGCAGGGCAAGCAAGUCGGAGUCUAAGGAGCUACCAAACCCGGGUUAAGGCUGCUCACUCACAGCUCAGCGUUCAAUGUCAUUAAAAAGGAACACUUUUAAACCGCGGCAGCAUGUGGUAAGUCAAUUUUUCUCUGAUUCGUUUUUCCAGCCGUUGGGAUUAUUUUUUUUUUUUACCGUUUUCACUCACAUGACAUUUUGACCAGUUGUCUCUGGCUGGCAUAAUUGCGCAAAAACUGCGGUAACACCGCGUGUUGGAGAUUGUUCAAAAGUUGACUAACAAACGUUCAGCCACUUUGAAACCAACGUGACAUGAUGAUGAGGCACCCAAGCUUUUCAACAACCACUUGCAGAGAUUUUUUCUUCAUUUUUUAAAUUUGAUUCUUGAUCAUUUCAAAAACAAACAUGCCUCAUGCUCGAAAUAGGAACCCUAGCCCCAUCCCUGAGGUAACAUGGGAUACGGGAUUGAAGGAGAUGAACGAAACUUGGAAGGGAGCUAUUGCCUGUCUCGGGGUGGCAGUCUUUUUCGUCAUGACCAUUGGAAUCAUAUACUGGCAAGUGGUGGAUCAGCCUAACAAGAACUGGAUCCUAAAGGGGAGUUAUAGCGGGCUUAUCUGGGAGAGACGGACUCACUCUCUGGUCAUACAGACACUGACAGAAGACAAGACCUACGUGGAGAUUGACGUGGGCAACGUGGGGAACCCCGAUAUUGAAGUGCCGUUUGUCAGGAACCUGUGCUGGCUCAAUAAGACGGAGUUCUGCUACACAUGGGAUUCGGUGGCGGACGUUAAAAUCUCUUUGGAGGUGAAUGAGGCGACGGAGACGGAGUGUUAUAGCAUGACAUGGUCGCCGGUGCACUGUCAUGUGGAGCUGAAGGACUGCUUCUCCAUGGCUAACAUGUCGUGGUAUGGUGGCGCCAGCGUCCAGAACCAGAGCUGGCCAAUCAACGAGCAGAAUGUCACCAUGCAGCCGUUCACUGUUAGCAACCUCAGGGACAACCCGUCUGGUUUUGGCUCAGUCCUCGAACGCUACUUCCUGGGCUCGUCAGGUGUAGCAGUGCUGGUGUCCCCAGAUGUUCCUCUUCAGGUGGGAAUGGAGAGCCGACAGCAUUUUUGCCUGCAGUCUCCCUCCAGCCUGGAGCGCACCCCGCUUCAGUACACUGUGUGCGUGGGCCACAACAUCAGGGCUGUACACCAGGAGGCGCUGCAGCAGCUCUCAUCGCCCAGCAGGGAGCUGCCCAACAUGGACGUCUUAUGGUUGCCUUUCUGGAAGCUUCUGGCCAGUGUGGACUCAGGGCCAAAGGUAGAGAGGGAGUUGAGGACCUUCUCCAACCGUCUGAGGAGACACCAGCUGGGAGAGGGGGCCAUCAGCCUCAACGAACAUUCCACCGCCCUCCUCGCAGACAUGGACCAAGACUACCUCGCCAGCAGGAAAAGAGGGACAUCCAAGAGACAGACCAGGGACUUCAGGGACCUCUCACUGAUCAAGCUUCUAAACAUUUCCAUCACCCUGUCCCCGUUCCUGAGCGUGGACACCACCCAGUUCCACAAGUCCCUGCUGGACGGCACUGAGGCCUAUUGGCUCAGCCUCCCCGUAGCCCCACAGGGGCGACUGGUGCCUGUGCUGACCCAGUGGCGAGGGCAGUUCUGUGUGAAACUGAACAUCAGCAACCCAGAGGCGGUCAGCUGGUUCCUGGACCGGGUGGGCUUGCUGCAGGCCCGUCUGGGCAUGGAGUCCAUCCAUCUGGAGGGGGCAGAGGGGAACCCGCUGGACCUAGGCGGGGGAGACCAGUAUAUUGGCCAGCUGGCAGAUGUGGCAGCCAGGAUAGAAGAGUCAGCUAUCAUGAAUGCAGGGACAAGGUCGAGCCACAAGCCUGUGUUUGUGCGGAUGCCUCCUUUGCAGUCUGACUGGAGCUCCUCUGGACUGAAGGGCCUCAUUCCCUCCUUGCUGCACCACACUCUGCUGGGGUACAACUUACUCAUUCCCGACGCAGUAGGUGGUUCUCUAUCUGGGGACCUGGUGACUGACGAGGAACUGUUCAUCAGGUGGCUGCAGAUUGUAGCCUUCCUCCCCGUCAUCAGCUUUGAGACACCUCCCUGGGUCUGUGGGGAGGACCGGGUGCUGAACUUGACGCGGGCUCUCAUCGCGUGGCACCAGGACUUUGUGGUUCCACUGGUGACGAGGUAUGCAGAGGACUGGAUGACCUCGGGGAGCCCAAUUUACCGGCCCCUGUGGUGGCUCAGCCCUGAUGACCCCGCGACCUUCACCAUUGAUGACCAGUUCCUCAUCGGAGACGAGGUCCUUGUUGCCCCGGUAAUAGAGAGGGGGACAGUACGGAGAAAUAUUUACCUGCCCGACGGGGGCUUUCAGUGGCAGGACAGCCGCAACGCCCAGGUGUUCGACGGGGGAACUCUCUUGGAGGACUACCCUGUUGCCCUCGAGGAGGUUGCCAUUUUCUUACGGAGGAGAUCUUGAGGCUCAAGUCACGUGAUUUAUACGUGACCUAUCCGGAUACUAGUUUCGAAUCUUUUAUUUUAUGUUUUACUCGUGCUGUUCUCAAGUUGCACUUUUCCACAAAGACAAUUGACAGAGGCUCAAGACUUCUUCUUGAGAUUAGAUGUGAAUAUUUUUAUACUUGCACUUUACAAUUCAGAACGAUUUGUAUUUUAUUGACGUCGUUUUCUUCUCUUUUCUUCCUUUUUUAACUUUAAUCUGCUGCACCUCUCGGCUGAUUGUUUCAGGACUUCUUUUUUGUUUCUUCUAAUCAUUGCUGUUCUUGCUUUUUUUGUAUCUAAGAAAGAAACCUAUGUGUUUACAUAUGAUUCAUUUCUAACGUUUAACUGCUGCCGGUUCUCAUGGAGACAUAGAGUACCAACGCAAGCCCCUCGUUCGCUUAAAAAGAAAAGAUAUGAAUUUCUAAAGAAGACCAAACGAAGGAAAAGAAACAGAAGAAUAUGGUUUCUGCUAACGGAGAGCCUGGAAGGAAUGAAUGAGAUGUUUGCUUAAUAUGAAAGAGGCUGAAGCAGCUUGGUAUGUUUCUUUCAUUCUUUGGAACAGCUUUUACUUGACCUAGGCUUAGAGCUGAUGUAUGAUGAAUGUACCUCAACUUCAGUUUUUUCAUUGCUUUACUACGCUAACAAUCAACACUUACAGACUUCGAGACACCCCUUUCCUUUAAAGCACUUAUUUUUUCAACUCAUGCUCAAACAAUAUGCAGAAUAUAAUGCUAAUAUUCUUUAUUGUACUUUACAACCUUAACAUACACUACUUGACCAAAAGUAUGUGGACACCUGCAGGUCAAACAUCUCAUUCCAAAAUCAUGGGCAUUAAUAUGGAGUUGGUCCCCCCUUUGCUGCUAUAACAGCCUCCACUCUUCUGGGAAGGCUUUCCACUAGAUGUUGGAACAUUGAUGCGGGGAGUUGCUCCCAUCCAGCCACAAGAGCAUUAGUGAGGUCGGCACUGAUGAUGGGUGAUUAGGGCUGGCUUGCAGUCAGCGUUACAAUUCAUCCCAAAGGUGUUCGAUGGGGUUGAGGUCAGGGAACUGUACAGGCCAGUCAAGUUCUUCCACACCAAUCUCAACAAACCAUUUCUGUAUGGGUCUCGCUUUGUGCACGGGGGCAUUGUCAUGCUGAAAUAGGAAAGGGCCUUCCCCAACCUAUUGUUGGAAGCUCAGAAUUGUCAAGAAUGUCAUUGUAUGCUGUAUCAUUAUCAUUUCCUUUCAAAAACAGCCCCAGACCAUUACUCCUCCUCCACCAAACAUUACAGUUGGCACUAUGUAUUGAGGCAGGUAGCGUUCUCCUAGCAUCCGCCAAACGUCCGUCGGACUGCCAGAUGGUGAUGCGUAAUUCAUCACUCUAGAGAACCCUUUUCCACUGCUCCAGAGUCCAUUGGUGGUGAGCCUUACACCACUCCAACUGAUGCUUGGCAUUGCGCAUGGGGAUCUUAGGCUUGUGUGCUGCUACUCGGCCAUGGAAACCCAUUUCGUGAAGCUCCCGACAAACACUUCCUGUGCUGACGUUGCUUCCAGAGGCAGUUUGGAACUUGUUAGUGAGUGUUGCAACUGAGGACAGACAUUUUUGUGCACUCUUCAGCACUCAGUGGUCCCGUUCUGUGGCUGUCUGCUGAAUUUUUUACACUUGUCAGCAACAGGUGUGGCUGAAAUUGCUGAAUCUACUAAUUUGAAUGGGUGUCCACAUACUUUCGUAUACAUAGUGUAGCUUUUCAAGCUCUAUUCUGGUAUAAGCAACCCAUUUGAGUGCCUUUUUUAUACAUGAACUUGAACCUAAACCACUGUCCCAGCAAGAGCAUGCACCAUACGCAACAGAUGUUGCUUAUAGCAGCUUAGCCCACUCAAACCUCAUACUCAACAUGCUGUCUGUCUUAAAACGUUUUAAUCGUAUGGUCAUGUUUUACUGGCACUGCUGCUGUGUUGGUGUGCUCUUUCGUGGUAGCCAGAGGAAGCUCUAAAGAAAGACACCAGGCUCUAAAGGUGGACGCCAGUUGUAAUGGAGAUUCAAAUAAGACAGGGAUGUUCUAAGGUGCCCCAAAGUACCUGUAUAUUUCAAUGGUUGGAAACACCUAUGUACUGUUUGCGCUGUCAUAGCAACCGUUGCAGCACAGUUUGGAUGCAGAUUAGAAUGACUAUUGUCAAAGAAUGCAAGCCCCUCCCCCAAUUGUAUACAGGGUGGAUCACUAUUGAGACCAGGAUCUCAUUUGCAAGGGAGCCCGGUGAACAGGAACAUACAAUAAAUAAUAUCAAUACAAUAAAUACAAUAAGAGUCAUCAAAACAAACAACUCACAUAUCACCUCCCUUAAACUCAAUCUAAACUGUCCAAUUCAGACAAGCGAGUCAAAUUUCAAGGUGGCCUGAAGGGUAUUCCAUGACCUGGGGGCAUAGAAACAUAAAAACUAAAGGCAUUUUUACCCAGGUCAAUGGAGACGCAUGGGACCUCUAGAACCAGCCAGUCCAGACAGUGGGUCUGAAAAUUGCUGGAUCUCCAGUUAAUACGGGAGCUGAGUUAGAAGAACCGCUUUAUAUACAAAAAAAGUAGCCACCGCUGGGCCCUUCUGGUAGUCAGAGACUCCCAGUCAACAGAGCUAUAGAUAAUGCAGUGGUGUGUAAAAAACAUUGUCCCCAGUGAUAAAGCGCAGUGCUAAAUGAUAGACUGGUUCGAAAGGGUUUAAAGCAAAGGCUGUGCAUGUAGAUUAUAUCGCCAUUAUCAAGUACUGGGAGAAGCGUGGCUUGAACAAUCCUCCUUCUACUUUCCAAAGUGAGGAAGGAUUUAUUUCUAUAAAAGAAACCAAUCUAAAUUGUUUUUCAACGUGUGCUUUAAAAGAGAGCUUAUCGUCAAUCCAAAUCCCCAAGUAUUUUUAAAUGCGGAACUUGGGGCUCCAUUCAAUUAGCAAAUAUGCAAGUCCUCAGGGUCAAUAUUAAGAGACCUAGAGAACAACAUACAUUUGUUUUUAUUAGCAUUUAGCAUUCAUUUAAGAUCACUAAGUGAUUUUUGAAUUGAGUCAAAACCAGGAUGAAGGUCAUGAAUGGCCUGCUGUAAUGAAGGUACACAGAAGUAAAUAACUAUAAUCCACGUAGAGAUGAAUGUUGCAGGUCUUAACAGAUAGACCAAUAUUAUUUACAUAAAUAGUUGACAACGGGGCCCAAAAUCACCCUCUGCGGCAUACCUUCGUAAUUUUAAGGAAACUAGAUUUGAUACCGUCAGUAAGCACACAUUGUGUCCUGUCCGUUAGAUAGUUCUUGAACCAAUUGCAAGAUGCCUGAUCACGGUCUAUUUCAGAGAAACUUUGAACAAGUAAAACAUGGUCAAUCAUAUCAAAUGUUUUCGAUGGGUCAAUAAAUAGGUCAGUACACAUAUUUUUAUGGUCUAAACAAUAUAGCACAUCAUCUAUGUUCGGGUCUAAAACCAGACUUAUGGUCAUUAAGAAUAGAAUGAGAAGGAAAGAAAGUUUCAAGCUGAGAGUUGGCCAGGGACUCUAAAACUUCGGCAAGGCAAGAUAGCUUGGAAAUUGGAUGGUAGUUAUCCAAGUCAGAAGGACUGUGUAGGAGGAGGACUUAUGCCAUUUUCCAUAUAACUCCAGAAACAGAAACAAUUGGCAAGUUAAAAAAUAUAGCAUAAGGAUUCUGCAAUAAGUGGGGCAGAAAUCUGCAGCAGAAAGGGAUCAAGUGAGUCAGCUACAGCCAUUUUUUUUUUUUUUUUUUUUUUACAUCGAUCUUCAAUAAGGCACCUAGUACAUACUGUAGACAUCCAAUGGUUGAAAUGAGGAAUGUGUAUCUGGGAAUGUAUUGUUCUCUGCAACCUGGCUCGAGGUGGAAUCAGAGUUUUCAGAAGCUAUAAAAUCAAAUAGGUGACCCCCAGAGGCAAAGUGGUUAUUAAAAAUGUCCAUCACAAAUGUCCAUCUUAUCUGUUAUGGGAACAGAGGCUGUCGUAACGUGCUGGAGUAAUGAGGGGAUGGAGUUUUGUUUCAGAGAUUUGACUCCCUUCCAGAAGGCAGCUGGAUUCUCACCAGUUCAAGAAGUAUGUCGAUUUAGCCUUUUUAACCAGGCAUAGACAUAUUUCUCAAGCGUCUGAAGGACUGCCAGUCAGACUUAAAUUCAGUCAUCCUAGCCUUAGCCCAAGCUACAUUUCUCUCCAGAAGUAUUUCUGAUAGUUCAUGCGCGAACCAGGGAUUAGCUUUAUCCCUUACCCUUAGUUUCUUGAAUGGAGCAUGCUUAUCUGCAAUAGAGCAAAGAAGUAAAACAGUUUAGGGCCUGAUGCGAAAUGCCUAUGGCGGGUGACGUACUUCCAUGGUUGGGCAGCAGAGUAUUAUCCUCAAUCCACCAGAGGCAACGGUCCUGCUCCAUUUCCCAGGGGAGUGGGAGGCUUCUUUGGGGAGGGGUCCCUGGAAGGCAUUGGCCAUUCAGUCAAGGAGUGUUGAGAUGGUGGUGAUACUCUCAACACAUUGAAACGAAGUCCAGCCUGUGGUGUGGAAAAGGUAGGCGUGGGUACUUUCCCCAGUAGAUUGUGCAAGUUUUGAAUCUGUUUACUAAGAGUAGUCACUUCUUUCCUAUAGUCUUCUGCAAGUAAACAAUUGUUGCCUCAAAACUCUGGUCAGUCCACAUUGUCCCGGAAGAGAGCAUAGUAAAUACAGCUCCUGCAGCACAAGAAAUGCUCGCUUUUUUCCCUGAACGGGAAAGCAUCCAUGGAAAGAGACAUAGGAACUAAAGAGAUAGUGAUUUCAGGCAGAGUAAUAAAAUAGACAAUAACGUAUUUUCCGGACCUAUACAGGCUGUCGGUAAAUAGACCCAAUAUAUAAAUGCACCAAAUACAAACAAAUAAAUUAAACGAAAUAGACUCCAGCCUGUUAAACUUAACUUUCUUCUACAAACAAUUCAGUCUCAAAGAAAUGUGUGCGCUCUCUCUCUUUCCAGUAACCCUAACCUUCAUGGGAUAGUUCAGGGAAAUUACAUAUUUAGAUAUGUUUCCUUGAAAGCAGUCUAGGUACAAUGAGUGACUGCAAUCCACACUGCAAUCCAAAUCAUCUCUUAAAUGGAUUGUGUUGCUCAAUGGUUCAGAUGAUUUUGGCAGGACAUUUGAAAUGGGGAUACUAUUUGGUCCCAAAAUGCUAAUAUGAACAAAACCAAAUUGUGGAUUGCAGUCAUUCAAAGUCAGAAUUUCUAAAUAUGUAAUUUCACUGAACUAUCCCUUUAAAGUGAUAGUUCACACAGCUACAUCUUGAUUACUUAGAGUAGAAAUUCAAUGUUUCUGUAUUAUUCUUUCGUAAUAUGAUAGCAUAUUUGUCUAACGUAAAGGGCUGGUGGGAACCAUUCAUUGGAUCCAUUAAUUGGCAUCAGUGCCCUUAUCAAGAUAAUAUUGAGUUGAUCUCUAUGAAUUAUUAGCUACAUCCUCUUCUCAAAGCAUCUGAUUAAUUUACUGCAGUAGUAGAGUUUUAUGAAAAAAAUUCUCAAAUAUAUUUUGAAGGCUACACAGCAAUUGAAAGACGGAUCUACUGUAAAGAUUUUGAAUUAACAUUUGACUGAGUUGUCAGAGUUAACUGCUAUACAGUUAGAUAGACAGCCAAUCUGGUUUAGAAAGCAUGUGAUUUUUAUAGAGGCUGUCCAAAUAUAGAGCAAUUGUCUCCACACAUUACAGACCUGCUAAGUGAUUUGGUUAGUGAAUUUAUUAUUUGAUUUACUGUAACUAUACCCUCAGUUCACAGACAGAUUUUUCACCUCAUUCUUUAUAUCCAGCACCAUACCAGUGUAUGUGAAAACGGUGCAUUUCUAAGUUUUGUAGUCAGAAAGAUAGAAAAGGUUUUCAGCAAUUUCUCCCGGUGAUGUAAUUUUCUAAAAAAAAAAAAAACGUUUCCUUCGUAAGAAACCAAAAACCAGUCGUUGCUUAACAAAUCAAACCUCGGUACGGAUUCUCUCUGUUUUGUUUGUCAUCCUGGGACCUGAACUGCGUCAUUUAAUUACACCUUUCAUUUUGACAACUGAAUUGAUUUACUUUAAUUUGACUUGUUUUCUUCAUACAGAAAGAACACUCAGGUCUACUGUUAGUAGCUAAUCAAAUCACACAAUGUCUUAGUGCCACAGCACAUUGUGGGCAUGUGUCUUAAACGUCUUAAACCCUAUUAGAGAUUCAUGUACUUAACCGUUAUGGCCAAAUGCAGUAGAACUAGCUGUUUAUGUAAAGAGCUUUUCUUUUUUCCUGCUUAUGUUUUUCAGUGUAUGCUGUUUUAUGGUACUGUAGAUGUAAGUUGCUAAGAAAAACUUGGAGACACUUUUCCCACCACACGCUGAGCAAGCGUGAUGAUAUGUACCUUGUUGUCAGCCCUCUCUUAUACAGUAGGAGGACGGACCGGGUAUUACCAUAACCACAUCAAUAAUGUACAUAUUUCAAUGACUGCGCAAUUACAUGUUUUAUUUUUCUCUUCUGUAAAUUAGAGAAAUAGAAUCGACAAACUGCAAUAAAGUUUACAUUUUCUUACA